AUGCAUAAGUAUUGUUAUAGAGUGGAGCAAUACGUGUCUAAUUCUCCAACCAUUUGCAUUCACAGAAGUACCUGUUUUGUGAUUCUUGUUUCCCAAUGCAGGUGGAAUACACUAAGCCCAACUGCAACCUUCCCCUCCAAUGUUCCCUCCUGCAGAUCCCUGUCAUCCAGUGAGGCUGGCCCCAGUGGCCCCUCCAGCCUCUCAGAUGGGGAGCUGGCCCGGAACUUACAGGACAGCAUCAAGCACCGCAUCCUGUACCUCUCAGAGCAGCUGAGAGUGGAGAAGGCCAGCCGGGCCAGGAACACUGUGGGCUUCCUCAAGCUGGUGUCCACAGCCGACCGGCACCAGGCCCCCCACAUCUGGCAGGCCUUCGAGAAGGUGAACCAGCAUGCCUCUGCCACCAUUGCCCAGAUUGAGCGAAGGCUCCACCGGUGUCACCAGCAGCUGCAGGAGCUGGAAGAGGGCUGCAGGCCCAAGGGCUUAGCGCUGAGGGCAGAAAGCAGCCUGGGGGACAACUGCGAGCAGCCCAGCGAGAAGGCUCUGUUUUCAGAGCCCCCCAAGCCAGGUGCGGAAGACUGCCCAUCCACUGGCCUGUUUGAUGUCAUUAGACACUUCUCUCCGGAGAGUCACUCCCCAGCCUUGCGGCAGAGGAGGUCCUCGGAGACCAAGCAUGGGGUCCAGCCGCGAGACCUGCUGUGGCAGAAGGUGAAGGAAGAGCUGAUCAAAGUCAAGACCUUCCACCUCAGCUUGCAGGUGUCCUAUCAGAGCCUCAAGGAGCGGUAUGUGACCAACCUGCAGGCAUUGCUGGAGUCCCUCUGGGAGGAGAAGUGCAGACAAGUGCAGCUGGAAGGACAGGUGAAUGAGCACCUACAGGGGCACCUGGACAAGAUUUACCACCUCAAACAGAAUCUGGCCUGCACCGAGGAGAGGAUGGCCUAUCUGUCCUACGAGAGAGCCAAGGAGAUAUGGGAGGUUAUGGACACGUUCAAGAGCCGUGUAGUCAAGCUGGAGGCUCUGAAGCAGGUGACCCAACUGGAGGUGACAGAGAGCGUGCGUAGCCGGCACCGGGGCUUCCUGGUCCUGGUCUCCAGUGCCUGCGCCUGCCCGGUGCCGCUGCUGAACUCGCGCCUGCGCACGGGCACCGCGUUCCUGCUCGUCGGGCUGGACGCCCUGGCCUGGCAGAAGCAGCAUGCCAUCCCCGCCGCGGACUGGCAGGCCUGGGUCCCCUCCAGAUGGAGACUGUGUUCCGGGGAUUCCAAGCCUCUACCAGAGGGGCCUUAAAGGGCCUGGCUUCGCUAGCUCCUCCCGCCUCCCCAGACAGCUGCUUCUCGGCUCUCCCUUUCUUGUUCCAUCACCAGCAGCCCAAUGAGAGUAUCAUUGGCUUCCUUUGUAAUCCUAUGGAUCUCAUUGUGCACGUCUGCCAACGUUCUUCUAAGAAGGGGUCCACGGGCUUCCCCAGAGGGCUGAGGAUGUCUGUGGCCCCAAGACUGGUGACCCGAGAACAGACCUCGAGCAGUUGCAAAGGCAAGACAGACGUAAGUGAGGAGCCACCCAGGGGGGCCGGGCACCAGCUACCGAGGUGCAUGGAGUAUUUGAACUUGGGAUGGACUUUCUCUGCCUAACUUCGCUGGUAAAGUAACUUGGUGGAGCUGACACCACUAGUAAUUCAAGUCAUUGACCAGGUCCCCGCUCCCAUGUCCCUCUAAUCCUAGUGUCUUUCUGUCAUUCUCUCCUCGGAAUCUGAAUUGGAGAUCACUUCAGGCAGCAACAAGACAAACCCAAGUUAGAUGUGGGAGCUAAGGACCCAGGCAUUGUGACCAGGUGGCCCUGGGAAACUUGAAAAAUGGGAAGGCAGCUGCAAGCCUUCGCUGCUUUGAUGGCCGGGGGCCUGGAGACAGGCUGCACGUGGUCAGCGAUGGCCAAGUUCACCAGGAUCCAGUUCAGAGGGUGGCGCAGCUUCCUGAACUUCAUGGUGGCUGCCAGCACGAGCCCAUUGGUGAGGAUGGAGGCGACGACCACAAAGACCAUCCAGGCACUGGUGAGCUGAUACACCCAUCGGGAGCGAUGUGGUGAUCGGGGCCGUCGAAGGGGUCUGGAGGCAGGAGACACACAGUGAGGAGAGGAGCUGGGCAGCAGCUCCACCACCUGGACAGCUACAUCUCUGCCGCCCUCCCCACCCCAUCAGAAUCUCCCCUCAGCCCCCCUGCCUUCCGCCCGCCGCACUCACCUUUGCGACUGGUCUUUCCCUCUAGCUUUGCACAUCUGCAGACAACCUUCCCUCCAUUCUCUCUCGAGCUCGAGGCCAUGGCCUGCUAGAUGCCUGCACGGGCAUCCUUGAACUUAGCAAAGCGGAACUCCUCAUCAUCGCUGCCGGGUGUCGCUCCCCCGUCUGAUCUGCGCCCUGCCAUAUGCCAGGUCGGCCUCCUGGAGUGUGGUUGGCCAGCUUGAUCCCCUCCCCUGAACCCUUCUGCGCCUGGGCCUCAUUCGCCCCUACCACAGGGAGCUCCCAGAAACCUGCCGACAGUAUCUGCAGCCACGCUAGAUACCACAGGUUCCCGAGGAACAGGCCUCUGACAACUUAACACCUGUGUAGUGCCAGUUUCUGUGCAAAAGGGAGCAGAGGGGAAGCCCUGGGGUUGCUGAUGGGCCCGAGAACAGCAACCCCCCAAAUUGCCAGCAGAUCUGACCCAGGAAGUCCAAUGGGUUAGUGUGAGAAAAGCAGCUGGAACUAGGAGGUGUGUGGAAUGCUCUGGCUCGCAGGCAAGCGAGAGGGGCUGGGACGGUUUCAAAACAAGGCAGCCCGACUGUCCUUCCUGGACAACCCAUGGAGUCUGAAUCAGGCAGGGACAAGGGCCGUGUGUGGCACAGAAGGGACAGGAGCAUUCCAAACGUGGGAAGCAAAAAGAGGGGGCCUCCGGCAGCUCAACAAGAGCAGGUGCACCGGCCUGCCCCCUUCUCCUGAAAGUUUCAGGUCUAAUUUUGUGAAGAAAUGAGCACGAGAAGGGUAUCACAGUCAACUCCCAGCCCUUAAGAACACGAUUCUUAGUGGGAGAGAAAGGAGACGCAGAGGUCAAACCCAACUGGCUCCACUGGGGAACCAAGUCACUAUUUGGAACUGGGCGAAAUAGAAGGAGACUCAAGCAUCUCUUCUGCCUUUCCCACGCACACCGUGUCCCUGGGGAACCCGAUAGCACGUACCUACCGAAGAUUUACAGAGGAAAUGAUGUGAUGUCUUGGAUCUGCUUCCAGAAAUCGGCAGGAGUGGUUAGUGGAGGGGUUAGAGAUGAAAUAAGACAAGUGAUGGAUACCCGGGGACCAUUAUACUCUCCCCUCUACUUUGGUAGACACUUGAACUUUUGAAAAAAUUUUACAAUAAGGAAUCUUGUGCAUCGAUGAAGCCCCAGGGGCCUCCAGGGAGAGCAUUGUUGUGUCUACAUCGAGGACGUUUUGGGGUGCAAACAGUCAGGCCAAGGUGAACUUCACGGUUCUCAACCGAUUCGGCUUGGGAACCCUGUUGCUGGUCCUGCUCUGGCUGUCAAGGAGCUGGUGUGGCUUCUGGAAACUGCAGCAAGUGAGACAUUCUUAAAGGAACUGAAGGUCUUUGGUUUGAAGAAGGGACCCGGGGAAGGGGGGCCACGGGCUGAGGGUCAUUACACUCCUCAGGUCUCUGAUGGACUGGCAUGCCCAGGGCAGAACUCGGGCUGCCUCAAUGGAGUUUUCGGCUUUCUUGUGGGCCGAAGCCCCCUCUACUGGGGCAGCUUGGAGCAGAACAGCUGCCCCGGGAGCCGAGCUAGCCUCUUCCCUAGCAUGUACCGCCAGAGGCCAUGGGCUCUGGGCAUGAACUUGGACAAGAUGGCCACCACGGUCUCUUCUACCCUUAGGCUCUCGAAGUCACUCACCCUCCUCCGGGCCAACCCAGCCUCCCACUCCUGCUGGUGGUCUCCAUUUGGCUUUGGGAGAUGCAAAGAUGAGUCAGGCCCAGUUCCCUCCCUGGAAGCUCAGGGAUGAGUGUAAUAAGCGCUCACUGGCAGUCUGGGGCCACACGGGAAGAGUUCCUGAACUUUCCUGGGGCAGGAAUUCUCAAAGGGUCUGGGAAGCCCAUGUGGUUUGAAAAUGCGCAUUCGAUAUUACGGUGUCCUUUUAUAUUCAGAGAGGACCCCCCCAUUCAUGUUAUCAUAAAGGCUAAGAAAGAAGGCCACUCGGGCCUGUGUCCCAGGAGGGCCGUUCCAGCCAGCGUGACCCAGCCUUAGCACCUAGUCGCUCACCUCUGGUGGAGCUGCUGCUGGUGUAGGUGAAGACGCUCCCCUGGGUGCUGUCCUCAAAGCUGGCCUGUGCCUGCCCGCCUGCAAACCUUUGAGGGCCCCAGUGCUGGGCCCCGAUGCCUGCCAGCCCUGGCGCUGCCUGGCGGUCACAGUGCUUUAUACCAGCCUGCGGGAUCAGCCCAGGCCUCCUCACCUUAAAAGCUCCCAAACCUUUCACCAUCUGAUCUCUUAAUUGGGCCUGGGACUUAGACCUCCUACUUCCCCACCCCUGGGCCUCCUGGCUCCUAAGGCGAGCCCACGAGGGCGGCUCAGAGGGAUUUGCUGGGAGCCAGACUCAGAGCCAGGGUGGCUGUGGAGGCUGUCGUGGGCCCUCGCUGCUGUUUCCCUGUCCUCUCUUCCCUUCUACCGUCCAGUGUCUGCUCCUAGGCCAGGCAGGCACAAGUGUCAGGCUUUUCAGCCCAAAGCCCAGACCCACCUUUCCCAGCGGCUGCUCCCCAAGUGACUUCGCGGGGCUGAGGCCUGGAGCUGGAGCCUCCCUGUGGGUCAGACCAUCUCGGGGGCCCAGAUGGAUGCAAGUUGUGCCAGUGGGGCUCCUUCCCUGGGAAGGGGUGGACAGGCCGGGGGUGGGAGAGACUCCGCCGUGCAUCUUGCUUCCCCUUCACCCCACCACCUUGCUCCCAGUGAGCUGCAGCUCGUUCCGUCACCAGGGAGCUCGGCCAGGCCCUCCCAGCAGCCCUCCCGAAGCAGCUGAGGGUGCCCAGAGGCCCUCAGACCCCACCUCAACUCUCCCUCCCCUGAGUUGACAACCUUUCCUUGGCCUGCCCGUGACUACAGCCUCCCUCUAGACUUGCCUUCAAAAGCAAAGCUCUCAACAGAGUGUUCCAGGCAGGCUGCCUUCACUGUCCCUUUUGACCCACUGCAGUCUGGCUGCUGGUACCGCUUACCUGCUAAUUGCCCAAUUCUGCAGCCUUGCGUGUUUCCACACAAGAAGGCGAAUAGGAAUGCUCAGAGCAGCAUUAUUCACAAGAGGUCAAAAGGUAGAAACAGUCCAAAAGUGAGUCGACAGCUGAAUAGAUAAACAAAAUGUCGUCUAUCCAUGCAAUGGAAUAUUAUUCAGCCAUCACAAGGAAUGAAAUUCUGACACAUGUUCCAACAUGAGUGAAUCUUGAAAACGUGAUGCUAAGUGCGAGGAGCCAGACACGAAAGACCUCGUACUGUAUGAUUC